CUCUGCCGCCAUUGGUCUCUUGUCUCUGUUGACGCAAAAUCGGUAUAAAACAUUCGCCCAUUGUAGUUUGUUAAUUAAAGCAGUGAAAAAUAUAUAAAUAGUGCAAUAAAGUUGGCGCAAAUCUUGCGCAUUUAGUUGCACGCAACGUGCAGAAAAAGAGGAAUAGAGAAGCCGCCAGCGCCGCCGCCAAGCAGUCCAUAGUACUACAGAAAAGGCAACAAAAACAACAUCAACAGUUUAGUGGGGAGGUAAACAAACAGAGUACCGUUUAUUGCGUCAGCUAGGGUAAGCGCAGUAGCCGCUAAUGCGCGACAUGGCCGAUCUAGAUGCAGUUCAUCUCGGCCUGGAUGAGAAUGAGGCGGACAUUGCCGAGGAAUUGCAGGACUUCGAUUCGUUUGACACGCGAAGCGAGGCAUCCAAGUCGCGAGCUGGUUCCAUGGCCUCCGACUCGGAGCCAAGCAUUAGCUCUGUAAGCACGGCACCGUCCUCCGUAGAUGGCAGCAGGAGUGGCAAACGUACGUCCAAAUCCAAGUCGAACAGUAAAACGAGCAAAGACACUGCAGCUAAAUCCACAUCAGCAACAUCAGCUGCCUCCGCAAGCAAGUCCAGCAAAUCCUCCAAGAAAACGAAACGAUCCGCAUCGCCUGGCGAUCUUAAUGGUAAGAAGAAAAAGUCAAGCAGCAGUGGCAGCGAAUCCAAGUCGAAGAAAUCCAUGGAUACAGAUGACAAGGGCAACUCCAAGUCGCAGGACAGCGAGGAGCGUGAGUCGAGCUUGAAGAAGACGCGAAGCAAGAAAAAUGUAAGUGGUAGCAGCUCCACAGCAGCUCAUCUGAGUGGGGUAAGUGGCGGCAAUAAGAGCGAUCUAAGCGACGCGGAGGAUGAGAAGCCGUCGCUGCCUGCCCUUGAAUCGGACAGCGAGUCCUCGGACUCGGAUUCGGGCAUACAGCACAAACGAAAUGGUGGCGCCCGCAGCAAGGCGGCCAUGGCAAACAGCUCAAAGGGCUCCACACCAGAGAAGGAUGGUGGCGGCAGCGGCACCACACAGAAGUCCUAUGACUACAUGACCAAGCUGAACUAUCUAUUCCGCGACACCCGCUUCUUUUUGAUAAAGUCCAACAACAGCGACAACGUGCAGUUGUCCAAGAGCAAGAGCGUGUGGGCAACGUUACCGCAAAACGAUGCUAAUCUGAGCCAGGCCUUCAAGGAGGCGCGCAACGUGCUGCUGAUAUUCUCCGUCAACGAGAGCGGUAAAUUCGCGGGCUUUGCACGCAUGGCCGCGCCCUCACGGCGAGAUAUUCCGCAGGUGGCUUGGGUGCUGCCUCCCAGCAUUUCACCCAAAGCUCUUGGCGGCGUCAUUGAACUGGAUUGGAUAUGCCGCAAAGAGCUGUCGUUCAAUGCCACCUUGCAUUUGCACAACACGUGGAACGAGGGAAAGCCUGUGAAGAUUGGACGGGAUGGCCAAGAGAUUGAGCCCAAGAUUGGCGCUGAGCUGUGUCGCCUCUUUCCCGAAGACGAGCAAAUUGAGCUGACGCCCAUCUUGCGUAAGUCCAAGGAGACGGCGCGUGUGAUGCGUGAGAAAGGCAUCCAUGUCAUCUACAAGGCGCCGCGCAGUCUCUCCACGCGAGGGCACAGCGGUGGGCGUGGUAAUAGCCAGCUGGGACCGAUGCGACAUAAGCGCAGCUAUGGCGGACAUGGGCAACCACAUCACCAUCAGCGACCCUAUAGGCAUCAUCAUCACCAUCAUGGCAUGGGCAUGGGUAUGCCGGGCAGCGGUGGCGGCGGCGGCGGCUUUAAGCGCGGUGGUUCACCCUACCGUCAAAUGGGAGGCAGUGCAGCCGGAGCCGGCGAUAUGGGCAUGCCCUCGUGGGAGCGCUACAUGUCCUCGGCCGCAGCUGCCGAGGCCUAUGUGGCGGACUACAUACGCAACAUGCACGGACAGCUGCCCCCGCUGCCGUUUGUGCCGCCCUUUGGCCAGCUGCCCAUGCCCUCGGCUGCAGGAGCUGGCAAUGCAUUGCCCCCGGGAGCGCCAGCAUCAAUGUACGAACAGCUGCCACCACCGGUGCGGUAUUACGAUGGACCUGGAGCGCCUCCGCUGCCAGAUUACCCGCCGCCACAGCCGAUGCGACCACCGCCGCCGGGUUUUGAUAAAGCGCCCAGCUACGAGGACUUUGCCGCCUGGAAGAAUGCGGGUCUGCCCACAGUGUCCGCACCACCGGGCUUUCCAGUCUACGCCGCCAAUGGCGGUGGCAGCAGCAAUGCCGGUGGUGGCGUGGGCGGGGCCAAUGUGCCCAGUAUCAGUGCAGGCAAUCGGGACAAUAACAACAGCUCCGUGGGCGGUCGACGACGCGAUUAUGGCGGUAACCGAAGUGGCUCCUCGCGACAAUUCCGCGGCGAACGUGGCGGCGGUGGCGGUGGAGGGCAACGCAGCUAUCGGGACGGCAGACGUUAAAUGUGUCGUUGAGUAUUGUUUACGGGUAUAAAAAGAAAAAUAUGGAAAAGUGCGCGAAAGAAAAUUCUCUCCUCCCUAGAAAAGUGUCGCGUGUGAAUGUACGAAGAAGAAGAUGGUCUAGAUGAUAAUGUCUUCAAAUGCAAUGAAAAAUUAUAAUGAUAAUGAUAAUGAUAACGAUUAUAAUGAUAAUGAUAAGCUAAGUGAGCAAAUGAGCGGGAAACAUAGUUGGACCCACACACACAGAGCCCCAGCGCCGAAAUAAUCGUUAAACAAACCCACAAAUCAAAUCGUACGAACAGCUCCACAGCUCGUCUCUUACAAUACACAACACUCCAACCAACUCUCUCUCUCUUACUUUCUGUUUCUCACACACUCUCUCUCUCCCUUCUCUUUUGCUUAGCUAUUUGUCAUGCGAAAGUUCUAUGAUUUAAACAAACUUACAAAAUAAGCAAAUUAUCACAACAACAAAAAUCUAAUUAAUAUUUUAAAACGAAAAGAAAAAAAAUACAGAAAAGAGAGAAAAAAUAUAUGAAGCACAAAUGUGAACUUUAUUUAAAAGACGCUACAACAACAAACAACCCAAACAAAACCAAACCAAACCAACCAAACAGCACCACAAGAACGUACCGUUAACAAUGUUAAUGAAAAAUCAAAGCAGUGAUGUGUGCAUAAUGUGUGUGUGCGUGUGCGAGUGUGUGUGUUUGCGUUUGUGCGCUUUUAAUCCUUGUGCUUACCCCCACACACGAGAGUUGGACUCUUAAAGCAAUCAAAGUGCUGAAUAUCGAACGUUCUAUGUGGAGUCAAUGAAACGCCCCCACACUCCGCAGCACCCCCCUAUAAAAAGCAAGCAGCACUCAUACUAUAUAUACAUAUAUAUGCAUAUGCAUAUAUAUACAUAUAUAAAUCGUUAUUAAUUAACGACUCAGAUCUAAAAUCGAAUCUAACAACCGGACCGCAAGCUAACCCUUAAGACAAGAGAGCAUAAUAAACAUGCCAAAAGACCAGAAACAUUUCUCCUGGAAACUGAAAACGUUUCCAAAGAUCUCUAUUGAAUUGAAAGGCUCAAAUCUUCAUUUGGUCCGUCAUAUUUGAUGAGCCCCUUGGCUCUAUAAAACGAUCCCAAUCUGGUCCUAUUGACUUUUCAACUUCAUAAUUUCACAAGUGCAAUUUUUCCAUGACUGCCAAGACUUCAGCUUCGUAAUGAAGCAAAGGGCCAAAAAGACUGAACGACACCAGAAAUCGACAAAUGGACUGAAUUAGGAACUUUUUUCCUUUUAAUUGUUUCUUUACAGGACACUGGAAGGAACUGAAUCUGGAAACUGGUGGAACUAGAGAUUAAAGACUGAAUUCCUUCCCUCAUGGCUGUGAUUAUCGCAUACAACAUGUAUACCAAUGGACGUGUUUGAACAAAGUCCAACAUAUAUGGAAAAUAAAAGAACUUGAAAUAUUUCGACUUUGAUUUAA